UGCAUUGACUAUCGGCAGUUGAAUAAGGUGACAAUAAAGAACAGAUACCCAUUACCCCGCAUCGAUGACUUAUUUGAUCAGUUAAGGGGUGCAGCUGUGUUCUCCAAAAUUGACCUAAGGUCAGGCUAUUAUCAGCUAAAAGUACAAGAGCAAAGUAUUUCUAAAACUGCUUUCAGAACCCGUUAUGGCCAUUAUGAGUUCUUAGUCAUGCCAUUCGGGUUAACUAAUGCUCCGGCUGCUUUUAUGGAUCUGAUGAACACUAUCUUCAGACCAUACCUCGACCAGUUUGUUGUGGUAUUUAUUGAUGAUAUAUUGGUCUAUUCGAGGAAUGCAGAAGAGCAUGAUAGACAUCUACGGAUUGUACUGCAAACUUUGAGGGAGAAACAGCUAUAUGCCAAAUUGUCGAAAUGUGAAUUUUGGCUGAAGGAGAUAUCCUUUUUGGGGCACAUAGUAUCAGCAGAGGGUAUUAAGGUAGAUCCUAGCAAGAUUGAAGCUGUCCUUAAUUGGAAGCCACCCAGAAAUAUCACUGAGAUUCGCAGUUUUCUGGGGUUAGCUGGAUACUACCGUCGAUUUGUGAAGGGAUUCUCCAUGUUGGCAUCUCCAUUGACCAAGCUACUUAGAAAGGAUGUGAAAUUUCAGUGGAUGGACAAAUGCCACUCGGAUCCUAACGUAUAUUGUGGUCUCCAUGCAUUACAGGUAUGCAAGGACUGGAUCUACCGGCGGUGGUGUGUGGGGGCACUCGAACGAGGGAUUCUUCGAACAUUCACCCUUGUCCUUCUUCUUGAGGCUGUGAAGUUUCACCAGAACGAAGCCGAAGUGGAGCGCAAUGGUGGUGACAAGGCCACCAAGUACAAUGUGCCGGGUAGGCUGUUGAUAGAGCAGUCGGAGAUGGGCAAUGGAACUCUAAAAGUUGAUAUUGUUGUAGAGCAUGCAGUUCCUUGGAAUCUCUUGGUGGCCGGCACUGUUAAAGCCAAAUAUGGCGUUGAACUCGUCCAUGCUAGGAAUUGGAGUUGGGUGAACCUUGUCCACCCAAUACUGUCAAGUAGCCCAUUGAUUUCAUCUUGCAACCCAAUUUGCUCCAAAAGUGAAAAAUCCAUGUACUUGGUAGAGCUUAUCUUUCGGGCGUGGAGUAGGGUCCACAUUGCUUUAUGGGCAUCAUCACAAAAUCCCCAAGGAAUGGAGAUUUCGGGUUAUGGAGCGAGUUAUGGCUGUGGUUGCGGUGGAGGAGGGGCUUGUUGGGAUGGUUGGGGAGUGGCUACUCUCAUUCUUGGGCAUUGUGUUGGAGGCUGA